AUGCGUGUUGCCAUCAUAGCAGGACCAGCCGUCCAGGGGCCGCUGUACCUGGUCAGGGGCCUGCUGGCGGCCCUGGACAGGAUGUCGUGGCUCCAGGGGACGGAUGAGCUGGCUGCGCUGAUGAUCGACUUUCUCCGCCUGCUGUCGGCGCUGUCGCAGCCCGAGUACCUGUACUCGGUCCCCGGCGUGGACUCGAACGACACGCUUUACGGAGGCGACAGUCAGCUGACUGCCGAGAUCGGCUCGUUGGCGGAUGACGUCAUCACCCGUGUGACGUCUCACCUCAAGCUGGGCAGCCAAUCAACACUCAACCGCGCCCAGGUGGUCCUGGCCUCGGAGCUCUGCCUGACUCUGCUUCGGUGCGGUGGCCUGGCGCAGCGCCGGGUCCGGGACACGGCCCGCCCAGCUGUACACUCUCUGCUACGGCUCAGACGGCGUCGCCGCCCAUCGCCGUCUUUGCUCUAG